AUGCCGGCUGGCGGUUCUGUCUGCAGGGCCAUUGCCGUCUCCCUCUGCGUAACUGCUGCACUCAGCCAGUGGUCGACAGCCAUCCCACGAGUGUUUGGGCUCAUUCCAGCGCACACCUUCUCCGUGCACAGCUACCCGUGGAAUGUUUUCAGCUACAUCCUUGUAGAGUCCAAUGUUGUGCUCGGCGCGUUCGGCGUCGCCUACAUGCUCAGCGUUGGCGCAAUGGUGGAGGACGCGCUUGGCACCGUUGUAUUUUUACAACUGAUUUUAGUGACAGGGCUUGCAACCGCGGUCCUUGUGCUUGUAUUGAGUGUAUUGAUGCACCAACUGGGAUUUUUAUGGUUCCUGCAAUGCUUCUGCGGCGUGUGGGUACCUGCUGCCGCGGUGCUUGUUCCAUGGGUUGCGGCGUCACCGGUAGCGAGUGCCCUGCCAGGCGUGUUACCCGCGCAGGUGCGGCGGCGACACCUGCCAACAAUGCUGCUUGCCCUUGCACUUGUUGUUGACCUGUUGUUUCGUGGACGUUACAACAUAAGUGGGGAGGAUGUAGAUAGCGAGCAAAUAUUCCCAGGCAGCACCGCUUUUCCUGCAUUUUUGGCUCUGUGUAUCUCGUGGAAGCUUCAGUCGGUUUUCCGCGUGGAGGUCCCGGUGGCUUUUAGUGUGCUGCUUCAUCCCAUUGCUGCAAAUUUGCUUUCGUGCCUCGCCCUCAGCCGGCAACGCAGUGGUGAGGCCAGCCAAAAGUCCACUGACAUGGACAUAGAGAACGCGGUGUCGAUCCCAGUGCUGCGCGGCGCCGCCAACCUCACGCUCUUGCCGGGCUCUACGGAGGAGGACGCGGCACGGCGCCGUUCCAUUGCCCUGGCGGCGCUUAACUCGCGGCUACGGGAAACCUCCUCGGUAACCCCGGACCCAUCUAAGCGGAAUGACGCCCUGGUGUGA